AUGCCUUCUGCAGAUGAAAACAAAACAUGCUAUGAAAACAAUGAUAUUCAGAAGUCUAAAUCAGACACUGAGAUCAAUUCUACAACUAACAAGGAGUCUUCAAACCAGUACCAUCGAAUUUUCAUCGAAGAAUUUUCCUCAUGCGAGGGCUUUGCUGGUGAUCGCGUUUGGGCCACAUAUUCAGGAGCAGGCAAGAUUGCUGACACAAAGCCAAAGAUUAAUAAACUCUUUAUAGGAGAUAUCACCGAACCUCUCAAUAUUCAUUUUCUUGGAGAGAACUUAGAAGAAAGUGCUGUUGACGUCGUGGAGAAACAUUCAUUAGUCACAUUCACAGUCCCAGUUCUACCAAUCGAAGCCGAACUUGAACUGGAAAUUCGUUUUUCGACUUCUGAUGAUAACGUGACAACGAUCCCUUUUAAGUAUUUACCGAGGGCUCGUCUUCAGCAUUCAACUACACAAGAUGUGUCUCUGUUUGACAGACUGCUAGAGUUUGCAACAACGGAGAUACAAUUUCGCUUCUUCAGCCAUUCGUUUCACAAAUUGCGAAACAUGAUGUCGAAGGAAAUACCAAAAAACGGACAAAGUUUCUCUCUCAAACUUUUGCUUUCUGUUCUUCCAAACAGUCUCAAAGAAGAAGUGAUAAAUGUACAAAAUAAUCACGGACUAACGUCACUGCAUUGUGCUAUUCGAGCUGGUGACCCAGACGCAGUUCAUUAUCUCAUGAAUCAUGGUGCCAAAAUCAAUAUUUCAGACCAUCAUGGAAACACGGUUCUUCACUAUCUCGGAGACGCCUACAACGAAUCCAUUUUUAAAGAAGUGCUCGAACCAACAAGAGGUCAACGAUUCGAUAUAAAUCAAUUGAAUUCUGAAGGCUUUGCUCCUAUUCAUGUUGCUGUCAGAAGAUUGAAGUUAUCUCUGAUCGAAAUGCUUUUAGAAGCAGGAGCUUUGAUUGACUUUUUGGAUACUGAAAAGAAACGAAACGCAUUGAUGCAUGCUAUUGAAAUGAACGAUUUCGAGACUAUUCAAUUACUUGUCGAGAGAGGUUCUAACACAAAUAUCGAAGAUGCUUUAGGAGAAACAUCCUUGAGCUUGGCUGUUAAGAAUGUCAACUAUCCCGUUAUUGGAUUACUUCUGGAUAAUGGAGCCGAUCCCAAUCGACAAAACUGCAAGGGAGUUUGCUUGGCUGACAAUGAAGAUAGUGUUGUCCAGAAUAUUAUCAACGGAGAUCGUCCAGAAUUGCCAAAAAAGGAGGGCUUCAAUGCUCCGAAUGAUUUAGCAGUAUCUCGGUCGCCUCUUUUCGGAAGAUCUCAUCCUGAUCAGGCUCCCACUGAAGACAGUUUACGUAAUCGUCUUGUUAAAAGAUCCAGGGAAGCGAUCAUGAAUGAUGCCGAGACACUAUUGGAAGAGACUGAUUCAAUUACUCCUCGUGUAACAAGAGUUUCAAUUUCGGAAUCUGACGACGAGCAACCAGGUCCAUCCACAUCAACUACACGAUCACAAAGACGUCGAACUGAAUGGGAGAGGAACCCAAAACUGAGUGAUUCGGUGUGCAAUUUGGACUACUUAACCAGAAUCCGUGUAUCGAAAAUUUUCGACGACCAGUGCAAGUGGCAGACGCUGGCUCAACAACUCGACUGCGACCAUAUGAUUGAACUGAUUUCCAUCUGCUCUGCUGGUGAUGAUUCGAGCCCAACGAUGAUUCUCCUGGACCAGUUUGAACAACUUCAAGAUUCUUCGAUUUCUCGACUGAGGGAUGGGAUGAGUAGGAUGAACGAAGAGAGCGCUGUUAAGCUUAUCGACUCCCGAUAUGUAUAUUAA